GUACUAUACUACAGUACCGUACUCAAUCGUAACCGUACUGUUUCUGUUGACAACGAACACGGCGAUCGACAGCACAUGUGUUCCGAAGCACUAAUGAUCUAUUAAAAAUUAAUCAAGAGGUCGUGAUGAAUCGUAAAAUAAAAUUUCAAGAUGCUGAUAGAAAUGUAUCCAGCUAUGAUCUAGACGAUGCAUCCGAUUCCGAGGAGGACUAUUCAAAGGAAGAGAAGCGUUUGUUAGAAAAAGUACGAAAGAAAAGAACUGUUGAAAAUUUUGACAGUGAAGACGAAAUUUAUGGGCUCCAAGAUGAAGGCGAUGAGGAUGGCGACGAUGACGAUGAGGAUGAUAUUGGAGAUGAUGGAUCCGAUUCUAUGAAAUCUGAUAUUGAAGGAUUACAGGAAGAUGAUGAUCUACCAGAUGAGAGAGCUUGGGGAAAGAAAAAGAAAGCGUUUUAUUCUACGGAUUAUAUUGACCAGGAUUAUGCAUCUACAAAUCAACAAGAUCUGGAAGCUGCUGAAAUUGAGGAACAAGAGGCAAGAAAUAUUCAAAAGAGAUUAGCAGCGCAGUUAGAUGAGGCGGAUUUUGGACUAGACUUAAUAGAAGCCAAGGAGAAUCAGCCAGAAAAUGAAAAACAGGAAGAGCAAAUAGUCAAGACCGACCUAAGCCAGCUCAGCAAGAGACAAAGACAGGAGUUAGUUUUGAAAGAAAGUCCAGAAUUUGUAGGACUUGUAACAGAUUUGAGAGAACGCCUUACAGAAGCACAGGACAUUUUAGAACCGUUUCUGAGAUUGGUGAAAAAUAUUAAGUCCUCAGAUUCUGUUGGCCUAACUUUCAUAACAACAAAAUACCAUACAAUUCUCAAUUACUGCACCAACAUAUUAUACUAUUUAUCACUGAAGGCAAACAGAACGCCAGUUAACUCUCAUCCAGUUAUCAAACGGCUUGCACAGUACAAACAACUUCUGAAUCAGUUAGAAUCUGGACAGGGAACAUUACUCCAGGAAGUUGUUAAAAUAUUAGAAGCUUCCAAAAAGGGUCAACCGCUUUAUGGUUUAGACAAUACUGAAUUCAGUGUCAGCCAGAAGAGGCUGGCAUCUGUUUUGUCCAAUGAAAGAGUUAAGCGAGUCAAGAAAAAUACUGAAUUUAUUGAACAGGAAAUACCGACUGAAGAAUUGGAAAUAGAAGAGCACAAAGAUAAUGAAACAGAGAUUGAUGAAAAUGACAAUGAUAAUGAAAACCAGGAACCUAAGGUUGCGGAUGGUGCAGACAUGGAUGGCAAACGGGCUAUCACAUAUCAAAUCGCAAAGAAUAAGGGAUUAACACCUUACCGGAAGAAAGAGCUACGUAAUCCAAGAGUUAAACAUAGAAACAAGUAUCGCAAAGCCAAGAUACGCAGGAAGGGAGCGGUUCGAGAAGUGAGGAAAGAAAUCACGAGAUAUGGCGGAGAACUCUCUGGAAUAAAGGCCAGCGUUACCAAGAGUAUCAAGCUGAAAUGAAUUAGUUAAAAUCUGGGCAUUGUAAAUAAUGAGAAUUAAAAAAAACAGAUUCAAUCGA